CCAAUAGAAAAAAUGCUUAUGCGGAUAAAUGGGCUCAAUGGAUCGAGGAUGGAAUUGCUAAAAGUUAUAUUAAUUACCAUGAUUAUAACGAAUUUCAAAAUAUAAGUUGUAUAGGUACUGGAGGUUUUGGAGAAGUUUAUCGGGCUACUUGGGAGAGUUCUGAUACUGUUGUCGCAUUAAAAUCUUUGAAAAAUAAUAACUUUAUGAAAGAAAUUGCUAAUGAGAUAGAAUUAUUGCAUAAAUUCAAUUUUCAUAAAAACAUUAUAAAGUUUUUUGGUAUCACUAAAAAAGAAAGUAAAAAUAAUAUGAAUUUAAAUUAUUUGCUCAUUCUUGAAUAUGCGGAUAGUGGUACAUUAAGAAAUUAUUUGAAAUAUAAUUUCUCAAAAUUAGAUUGGAACAUCAAAUUACAAUUUGCUAUCCAAAUUGCCGAUGCAAUUUCGUGUAUUCAUCAAAAAAAUAUUAUUCAUCGCGAUCUACAUUCAGAUAAUAUAUUAGUUCAUCAAAAUAUUAUCAAAUUAGCAGAUUUUGGACUUUCACGUAGAAUAGCGGAAGUAUCAUCAACCCCAGAAAAUAUUUUUGGAAUGAUUCCUUAUAUCGAUCCACAAAAUUUUAAAGAGCAAACAAAUAACAAUGAUAAAAAUUGUCAUUAUAAAGCAAGUAAGAAAUCGGAUGUAUACAGUGUUGGCGUACUUCUAUGGGAAAUAUCAACUGGACAAUUACCGUUCGAAUCUUAUGAUGCACUUUAUCAGAAACCAAAAUUAAUUUUAGAAAUUUUAAAUGGAAAAAGAGAAACUCCAGUUUCUGAUACUCCAAUUGAUUAUAUUAAUAUUUAUAAAAAAUGCUGGCAAAAUAACCCAGAUGAUAGACCAGAUAUGCGGCAAGUAUUUUCUGAUCUGAAAUUAAUUAAUUUGAACACAAAUGAAACAGAAAUUUAUGAGAAAACUGUAAAUAUUAUUGAAAGUAAUAUAGUAAUUAAUAAUGAUAAUAGUAGUAUCAAUGAUAAUUCAUUAAGUUUAAGUAUUAAUUAUUCAUUACAAUCUAAAUUUGAUAAAUUAAUUGAUGAAUAUGAUAAAAUGCAAAUUGAAGAAAAGGAUUUAAUAACAAAUAAUAUUAAAUUAAAUGAAAAUGAAGUCAUAGUUAAUGAAUUGGUUUUGCUUUAUGAAGAAGCCAUUCAAAAAGGAAUUUAUAAAAAUGAUUAUAUUCAAUUGGUUAAGCAACAUAUAUUACUAAAAAAUAAAAAUGUAAAUGAAAUAUUUAAUUAUUUAUUAGAUAAUAAGAAAAAACAACAAAAUUUAAUUCUCUUGGCAUAUUUUUAUCGAUUUGAGUUAGGAACAAAAAAAAAUGAAAUCAAAGCAUUUGAAUUAUUCAAAAAGGCAGCUGGAAAAGGUCAGAUUAAUAAUGCAAUAAAAGAACUUGCAUAUUGUUAUAAACACGGAAUAGGAACUAGAAAAAAUGAAAUUAAAGCAUUUAAAUUAUACAAAGCAGCAGCUAAGAAAGGUUGGAUUAAUGCAAAAUAUAGCCUUGGAAGAUGCUAUUACUAUGGAAUAGGAACCGAAAAAAAUGAAAUCAAAGCAUUUGAAUUAUUCAAAGAAGCAGUUGAAAAAGGUCACAUUAAUGCAAUAAAGGAUCUUGCAUAUUGUUAUAAUCAUGGAAUAGGAACCAAAAAAAAUGAAAUCAAAGUAUUUGAAUUAUACAAAAAAGCGGCGGAGAAGGGCCAGAUUGAUGCAACAUAUGAACUUGGAAAAUGCUAUUAUAAUGGGAUAGGAAUUAGAAAAAAUGAAAAUAAGGCAUUUGAAUCAUACAAAAAAGCGGCUGAAAAUGGUCAAACUAAUGCAAUAUACAAUCUUGGAUAUUGUUAUCAAAAAGGAAUAGGAACCAAAAAAAAUGAAAUCAAAGCAUUUGAAUUAUACAAAGAAGCAGCCGAAAAAGGUCAGAUUAGUGCAAUAUAUGAUUUUGGGUAUUGCUACCAAAAUGGAAUAGGAACUGGGAAAAAUGAAAUUAAUGCAUUUGUAUUAUAUAAAGAAGCAUCUGAGAAGGGUCUGGUUGAUGCAACAUCUGAACUUGGUAAAUGCUAUUAUUAUGGAAUAGGAACUGAAAAGAAUAAAAUUAAAGCAUUUGAAUUAUUUGAAGAGGCAGCUGGAAAAGAUCAAAUUACUGCAAUAUAUAAUCUUGCAUAUUGCUAUAAAAAUGGAAUAGGAACUGAAAAAAAUGAAAUCAAAGCAUUUGAAUUAUAUAAAAAGGUAGCUGAAAAAGGUUUGAUUAAUGCAAUAAAAGAACUUGCAUUUUGUUAUAAAUAUGGGAUAGGAACCAAAAAAGAUGAAAUUAAAUCAAUUGAAUUAUACAAAAAAGCAGCUGAAAAAAGUCAGAAUUAAUGCAAUACCUGAUUUCGAUAUUUUUAACAAUAUAGAAUAGAAAUUGAAAAAAUAAAAUUAUAGCAAAUUUUUUUAUACUUAAAAGUAGUUGAUUU